GCCUCGUCUUCUUCUGCCUUUGCGCUCGGUUUCGCAUCCAUGGAGCGCGACCUGAAUUGUACGCACUUCCAAGCAACCCUCGGCAUCUCGCUAUACGCCCUCGGUUUUGGCAUCGUCCCCCUCGUCACGGCAUCCUUCAGCGAAGAGUUCGGCCGGCAACCGCUGUAUCUCUGGAGCGGUGUCGGCUUCCUACUCUUCACAGUUCGCAGAGGGAAGAACAUUCAGACGGUCCUCGUCGCACGAUUCUUCGCAGGUGCCUCAUGAGUGCGUCUUCCCGUUUCGCCGCCAUGCGCGCUUGCUAACCGGAUGCCUGUAGACGAGGGUCAGCGAUGGCCUCAUUCGCCGCGGCCGCCAUCGGCGCUACAGGCGUCGGCUCCUUGAUGUCCGGCUGGAUCGAGCAGAACAGGCACCUGGAUGGCGCUGGAUUCAGUGGAUUCACGCUAUGUAUGGUAGUACCCUCCUUCCGUCCGUGGAGCGUGUGCUUAAGCUCUUCUCGUUGCAGCAUCGCCGGCAUAUUCGUGCUCUGCGUGCAGGUGUUCAUGACGGAGACGCGCACGUCGGUGCUGCUGGUGCGCCUGGCGAAGAAGAUCCGGAAGGAGACGGGGAACCCGCGCUACCGCGCACGCGUCGAGGACGAGAGCGCGAGCCUGAGCACGCUCAUCUACGUGUCGUGCACGCGGCCGGUCUACCUGCUCCUGACGGAGCCCGUGAUCAUGAGCUUCACGCUGUGGGUGGGCUUUGCGUGGGGCAUCCUCUACGUCAUGAUCGAGUCGAUUGGCCCGGUGUUCCAGACGCUGCAUGGGUUCGGUCCUGGCCAGGUAGGAUCCGCCUACAUCAGCAUAACGAUUGGCGCGCUGCUCGGACUGGCCACGAACACGAUCCAGGAGAGGCUGUAUGCGAAGAACGUGGCGACGCGGGGCCCGGAGGCGCGGCUGUACGCACCCAUGGUCGCCGCGAUCCUCUUCCCCGCGGGCAUGUUCAUCUACGCGUGGUGCACGUACGCGCGCGUGAACUGGAUCGCGCUCGCGAUCGGCAUCGUCCUGAUCAUGUGGGCGCUGUUCAUCAUCUACCUCGCGGUGUUCACGUACCUCGCGGACUGCUACGGGCCCUGGGCGUCCUCCGCGCUCGCGGGCCAGAGCCUCUUCCGGAACCUGAUGGGCAUGGCGUUCCCCAUGUUCACCACGCAGAUGUUCAGCAGGCUCACGUACCACUGGGCGAACACGAUCUUCGCCCUCAUCGCCGUCGCCAUGAUCCCCAUCCCGUUCAUCUUGUUCUAUAGGGGACCGGCGAUCCGGCGGAGGGGACGGUUCUCGGGACAGGCGAUGCGGCUGCAGCAGCGGAAGGAGGAGGAGACGAAGCUCGGGAACGAGGAGAUAGGGAAGGAGCUGAGCGAGAAGGAGGAGGAGAGGGAGAAGGAGAUGGAAAAGGCGAAGCAGGAAGUGUGAACGCCCGACGCUCGGCCGCGGCGUGUUAUCGCGUCCGCCUUCCCUCCGGCCUGGAGAUGACGCGCCCUCGUCGUCGUGUGCGCGUCCAUGACGAGCCCAUCCGCGGCCCCUCCGCAGAGACCGGUCCGGCUAACUUAUUCGCCCUUUCCGUCUCUCCGUCUCCGCCCCGCAGUAGUACAUCCUGGUUCAAGUUCCCCCCUCGCAUCAUAUCGCACUGCACUCUGCCCCACCCCGCACGCUCGGUCCAUUCGAUAGACGGUUGCAUUCAAAUCUCUUACUUACUAGUACAUGUAGCAGGACUCGAGAGACCUCACCAUCCAUCCCCAUAGACGACACUGGGACUCGGCGUCGCUGGUUCCCAUGGACACGCAUCUAAUCACAGUUGUAUCCAUACGGUCACGGUAGUCAUGUCCGCCCACGCUUUUAAUGCAUCGUUUCUCAAUUCGACUUGCGCCGAGGCUUUCGGCUGCACUUACAUACUUACA